AUGAAAACGGAAUGCGCUGCAGAUGGACCGAUAAAGACGGAUGACUUACAUCAUUUGAGAGAGGGCGACAUUUUCGUAGAUUCCGAAAGCGGUCAGAAGUUCCGAGUGCGGAAAACUGCUUUACCACAGCAGUCUAUCGGAGGACCACAUGGAGUUGGAGAUCCGAAUGACCGAUCGUUACGUCGACUGGAAGCAGAUAUUUUAAUACCGAAUCGCAUGAAUGAACAGGUACAAAAAGUUGAAUGUCGCGAGUCACUUGAAGAUCUGGUGCAAUGCAUAAAAAAAGAAGGCAGUUUUAUUGGUAUGAGAAAAUGCCGGAAAGAGCUAGAGCGCUACGAAACAUGUCAACUUGCGAAUUAA